AAAAUUGAGGCGGAUGGUCACGUGAUAUCACAAGAUGGCGACUAAGUUAUAGAAUAUAGAUACGGUGUUUGUUGGGAUCAAUUAUAUUAGCUAUAUGCAUGCAUAUGCAACCGGAUAGAUUACAUCUUGGCUUUAUCCUCACUGUAGAUAAAUGCAUGUUUGCAUCUACGCCUGUUCCCAUUCCUUAGGUUUGUUUAUUUUUGUCAUGAAGUCGGCGGCGCUACUAGCGGUGACUCACAGUCUUUCUAACGGUGGUGGAAAUAGUCAUAUUGCGCAUCAGUUAUCGCACCAAGAAUGGCUCUAAAUGUCUUUGACCAUGAUGAAUACAGGCCGCCAGUGUGGAAAUCUUACUUGUAUCAGCUCCAGCAGGAGGCACCACACCCACGGCGACUGACCUGCACCUCUGAGGUGGAUAACCGGCCCAAAUACUAUGGGAGAGAGUACCACGGGAUGAUCUCCAGAGAGGAGGCUGACCAGCUGCUGAGUGUGGCAGAGGGGAGUUACCUCAUCAGAGAGAGCCAGAGGCAGCCUGGGACCUACACACUGGCCCUACGCUUUGGAAAUCAAACCAGGAACUUCCGCCUCUACCGUGAUGGGAAACACUUUGUUGGGGAGAAGCGCUUCGAGUCCAUCCACGACCUUGUGACAGAUGGGCUGAUCACGCUCUACAUCGAGACCAAGGCAGCAGAGUACAUCGCUAAGAUGACCAUCAACCCAAUCUAUGAGCACAUUGGCUACACAACACUCAACAAGGAGCCCACGCUGAAGAAACACUUGCCCGUGUGCCAGGAGGUUCCUGAUGGGCCUGCGCCACAGGGAGAGCUGGGUGACGAGGAGAAAGGGCUCACCUCACUGGUCCGUCGAGCCACCCUGAAGGACAACGACCACGCGACCAAGUAUGAGAAAGUCCACAAUUUCAAGGUGCACACCUUCCGGGGACCCCACUGGUGUGAAUAUUGUGCCAACUUCAUGUGGGGCCUCAUCGCUCAGGGAGUUAAAUGUGCAGAUUGCGGUUUGAAUGUCCACAAACAGUGUUCCAAAAUGGUGCCAAACGACUGUAAGCCUGACCUCAAGCAUGUCAAGAAAGUAUACAGUUGUGACCUUACGACCCUGGUAAAAGCCCACAAUUCCAAGCGACCCAUGGUGGUGGACAUGUGCAUACAAGAGAUUGAGUCUAGAGGUGUUCAGUCUGAGGGCCUGUACAGAAUCUCAGGCUUCAGUGAUCUGAUUGAAGAUGUGAAGCUGGCUUUUGACAGAGAUGGUGAAAAGGCGGACAUUUCUGUGAAUGUGUAUGAAGACAUCAAUAUAAUCACUGGCGCACUGAAACUGUACUUCAGGGAUUUACCUAUUCCUCUUAUCACGUAUGACGCCUACCCAAGGUUCAUGGAGGCAGCAAAGAUUACAGAUCCAGACAAGCGGUUAGAGGCUCAUCAUGAAGCUCUGAAGCUGCUGCCACCUGCACACUGUGAAACACUGUGUUAUCUCAUGGCCCACUUAAAGAGGGUAACCCAAAAUGAGAAAGACACCCUGAUGAAUGCAGAAAACCUUGGCAUUGUUUUUGGGCCCACCCUCAUGCGUGCCCCAGACCUGGAUGCGAUGACGGCGCUCAAUGACAUCCGCUACCAGAGACAGGUGGUUGAGACGCUUAUAAAGAACGAAGACAUUCUGUUCUGAAAGGGGAUGACAAACAAUGAAGGAAUCUUAAAUCAUGAAUAAGCGAUUUACUCAUCAUUUAGAAAGGAAGAAGUGACAAUGUUUUUAAUAUUUUCCCUUUGUAAAACCAAGACUUGAAUAAUAAUGAAGUAUUUGCACCAUUGUACAUUAUUUUCCACUCCCAGUGAACCCUGUCUGAAGAGAUGUCUGUUGGGUUUGAAUCACGUACCUCAGACUUGUCUUUCGCAUGUUCACCCCCCCCCCCCCCCUCAUUUGUGUCAGGGUAAUUGAUGGAACACACAUUCCUUUGGAUAGCUUGUAUGUGUUUUUGUUUUCAGAUAUUGGGUCACACCAAAGGGAGAGAGGGAGAACUCAACUUUAUCUCUGACAUUAUAGUGUCUUUGACAGCAUGGGCAGUGCCAUUGAUGCUACAACCCAUAGGAAUCCCCAUCCAGUUGGCUACUUUUAAUACUUUGAAAUGGCGGCGGCAUGGUGGAAGCCCUCAAUGGCAAUGUCUUUGCCAAAAUGGGUGAUAUCCAUGAUAGUCCUUUAUCUCUAUGGGUCACACUCACUCAUUAACUGCUCUCUCUGAUCUUGUAGAUGUGGCUCAUUUGUUUCCAGAUGGCUUUAUUCUUCUUGUGAAUCACGAAUGUACCUGGAUGUAACAUGGAAUACCAUCGGUUAAAAACCUUGUUUAUUUUGUUUA